AUGGGUUCUAUCAAAACCCAGUCUGAUCUGGGCUUCUCUACUUCAAAGUUGCCAGGUCAAUUAUUCACCAACAACGAAUAUGUUGACGCAAAAAAUACGGAAAAACUCUCUGUCUACAGCCCAAAGGAUGGAUCCCUCGUCUCAGACAAAGUACCCAUCGCCGGUGCAGAUGAUGUUGAAGCGGGUGUGGUGGCUGCAGAAGCUGCCUUCCCCACAUGGAAAGCGAUGGGUGCACUAGAACGACAGCUUACCGGAAUCACGCUCGGGGCCCCGUUCGAAGCAUUUGGAAAGUUCGAAGUUGGACUUGCAGCGGAAGCAUUCCGCUAUAACGCCGGUUGGAUCGAUAAAUUCGCAGGCGAAGCAUACCCACAGCAGGAUACUUUCAUGCGUAUCACCCGAACUGAGCCUUUGGGAGUCACUGCCGGCAUUGUACCUUGGAAUGGCCCUAUGGGUACAGUAGGACUUAAAGCUGCACCGGCUUUGGCAACUGGGAACUGUUUCAUCUUGAAGCCAUCUGAGAAAACGCCCUUUGCUGCGCUAGCUCUCGGUUCUUUGAUCAAACAGACCGGUUUUCCACCUGGCGUCUUCCAGGUGUUGUCUGGAGCUGGCGAAACCGGCGCUCUACUGGCACGCCAUAUGAGAAUUAGGAAAGUCAGCUUCACUGGAUCAAUCCCAACUGGAAAGCUUAUUCAGAAAAUGGCUGCAGAGUCGAAUCUUAAACGGGUGACAUUGGAACUGGGUGGCAAGUCUCCGGCCGUCGUAUUCGAUGAAUGCAACUUGGAAAAUGCAGUGGACUGGUGUGUUCGAGCCAUUGGUAGCAAUACUGGGCAGGUUUGCUUUGCAGCAUCCAGGAAAUAUAAAGCAGCAUUGGAGGAGCGUGCCAAGGCGAUCGGAGAUCCUGAUAAAAACGAGACUCUCAUGGGCCCCCUGGUUGACGAGGCUCAGUUCCGACGCGUCACUGGUUUUAUCGAACGCGGUGUGCAACAAGGUACCCUCUUAACAGGUGGAAAACGCGUUGGAGAUAAAGGCUUUUUCAUCCAGCCAACGGUCUUCACGAGAGUCGAGCCAGACGCAGAAAUCUAUCGACAGGAAAUCUUCGGUCCAGUCUCUAUCCUCAAUUCUUUCAAGACGGAAGAAGAGUUUAUUAAGAAGGCCAAUUCAACCGAGUAUGGACUCAUGGCGGGUGUGUUUACUGAGAACAUCAACAGAGCAAUGCGUGUGGCCAGCGAAUUCGAAUCGGACAUGGUCGGCGUGAACUGUGUUAGCUUGAGCUUUUUGAAUGCUCCCUUCGGCGGAAGCAAACAGAGUGGGCUUGGUCGGGAAUGUGGCCGUAAUGCGCUGGAGGCCUUCACUGAAGUCAAGACUGUGAUGAUAAACUUAACCUACUAG